AUGGGCAAAGCCAGAAACAAAAACCCACGCAAUGUGGCCCAUCUCUCCGGGAAGCCACUCGCAGAAACAAUCAAGGCCUCGCCUGCUAUUGUCACCACAGCCCAGGAGAAAUGGGUCACCUCGCAAGACCUAACAGAGCCCGGUCUGCCCUACGUGCCUGAGGUGAUGCAUGCGUUGACUCUCUUCCUUUUGGGAAAUAUCAACGUCAACUCCAGUCAUCUCUUCCGAGCCGACAUCCUCUACGAUAGCAUGGGGCUUCUGAAGACUCCACAGCAGAGAGAACACACAUUUGUGCAGACGGGUAAUGCCGAAGCCGUCGCAGGUCCAAAUGUGGCGGACUCCGUGGAACCACUGCCUGCGAGAGACAUCCAGGGCUUUACACUAACGAGGACGGUUGUCAGACGGCUAAUUCCGCGAAACCCCAAAUUGGAUCGCCCUAUGGAGCAAACUUGCCAUUUCUAUGAAGGAAUUCAGGCUGUACAGGCAUGUUCUUGCGGCGAUGCCACUUCCUCCGAUGAACAGUCUACGGACACCUCGUCCCGACGAGACCUCAUCGUCUACUCGCCGCAUAUCAAGUCGAAAGAGGAUACCCCAUACUACCACCCUCUCCUGCAGGCAUUAGCUUAUCUUUAUGACUAUGAAUGCGGCUCCUCGGUCACUGAAGAAAAAGCAGGCUCGGGCACAUUGUCUCUCCACUUUGUGCCUUGGCCCGAGGAACCGAUCCAGAACCGGCUGGAGCGCACGCUGCAUAUAUUGCUCAAUAACCACAUUCGUCUGGCUGGUAACACGCAUCUUUCUGAAGGCCAGGAUGAGGAAGAUUACAACCCAAACAAAGACAACAUCAUCCCUCGGCAUCUAGUACAGGACACUUAUCUCCGGCUCAAGUUCAAGUACGCGCCGGAUCUCUGUGAGAGGUGGGUCGAGAGCACAGAUCCCGGGAAACAUGUCUUUGAGGACCUUGCCAUUACCGCAUUCCUCAUCGAGCUCUGGAGAAACAUGUACGGCGUUGUUCCGGCAGAUGAGCGGAGCGAAGAUGCACAGGAAAAAGUCCGCAAAUUCCCAGGUUUUGUUGACAUGGCCUGCGGCAACGGGUUGCUAGUAUACGUGCUCCUCAUGGAAGGGUACGAUGGCUGGGGAUUUGAUGCCCGCCGCCGCAAGACAUGGAGCAUCUUUCCCGAGACCGUGCAGGAACGUCUGAAGGAGCAGAUCUACAUCCCGAGACCAUUCGUGGAUGCGAUGACGGCUGCCGGUUUAGAGAGCGAGCUACACGACCUCGGAGUGGGAUUCCACUCCGGUAUGUUUCCGAAGGAUACUUUCAUCAUCUCCAACCAUGCGGACGAGCUCACGCCGUGGACUCCUCUGAUGGCCGCUCAGGCCCACCCCGACUCGCCCUCACCCUUUAUUGCGAUUCCAUGCUGCUCGCACUCGCUGUCUGGGGCGAGAUAUCGUUAUCCCCCUCCAAAGGCACAGUCUUCAUCAAGUGCGGAUGAUCCACAGGAUGGAGAUGAAGUUGAGCAUGACCCCCAGCCCGCAUCUGGUGAUCUCAAGGCUCUCCGGAGAGCGAAGCAAGAUGCUCUGUCUGAGACUGGGUUCAAUAAAUCCAUGUAUGGGGCUCUCACAGCCAAGACCAUGAGCAUCACGCAGGAGAUUGGGUGUGAGGUGGAAAAGACCAUUCUCCGCAUACCUAGCACACGCAAUAUGGGAGUAAUAGGAGGACGAAGAGCUACAACGGAAAAAUGGCGGGAAAGGGCCGAGGCCACCGAUAGCCGUGAUCACACAUCGAAGGUAGACGGCGAAUACAUUGCUGACCAAGUAAUGGAAGUGGUGCAUCGCGAAUGCUAUCGAGAAGGAGGUCUCUUGGCUGCUGCGAAGAUCUGGGUCGAUCGCGCUAAAGGACUACACCAGAAGUCGGGGAAAGCCAAAGAACGCGGACAUUGA